GGGUUUUCUCACAUCGGGCCAAUCUGUAAAUCAAAUUCAAGCUAAAAUAUCACGAGUAGCGACACUCAUUUGCUUCUAACUUCUUAGCAUACACGCUUGCCGCUCGAAAUUCAGUUCUUCUUCUUCUUCUUCUUCUUCUUCUCCUUCUUCCUAUUUGGUGUCUCCAGAAAGAAUGGACAAUCAUCAAGCUGAUGAGGAACAUGAAUUAGUUAUCGAGCUCUCUGAAAAAGAUUCGCUCUUGGAAAAAAAGAAGAAAUUAUUAGAAAUCAACCAUUUUGACCCUAAUGGAAAAGUCAAAAUCAAGAGCAUUUGUAGCAUUGAGUUAGUGAAUUCUGUUUUGGAAGAGAUGCUUCAGAGAGCUCGAAUCAUAAAUGCAGAUGAGGUUGACCUUUACUUUGGAGGGAUUGAUGCUUUUGGAUUUUGUAGUCCAAGGAAUGAAUUGGAAUCUCUUCAUACAAUCUUAUCACUUGUUGACAAGUCAAAGUCAACUAGUGAACAAAUAAGACCAAAAGUCUUCCAAGAUCUUAUGAAUGCAACUUUAAACAAGAUUCAUGAAUUUAGCAACAACAUUAUAGAGGACACUAAGAUUCUUUCCAAAUGGAAUUUACACAAGGAGAAAUGUUUACUACAAUGGGGUGAAAGCAAUGGUGUUAAAUCCAAACUUGAUAUUGCUUUUGUUGAAGGAGGUGGAAGGGGAGCUAUAGCAAGAGAAGAUCUUGAAGUUGGAGAUAUUGCUUUGGAAAUUCCUUUGUCUGCUAUAAUUUCAGAGGACCUACUUCAUGAAACCACUAUGUUUCCAAUAUUAGAAAAAGUAGAUGGUAUUUCCUUUGAGACAAUGUUGUUAUUGUGGAGUAUGAAGGAGAAAUAUGACACCAAUUCAAAAUUCAAGAUUUAUUUUGAUACUCUACCAGAAGCAUUUAAUACAGGGUUAAGCUUUGGAAUGGAGGCAAUCAUGGCUUUAGAUGGAACAUUGUUGCUAGAAGAAAUAAUUCAAGCAAAAGAGCACUUGAGAUCUCAAUACAACGACUUAAUUCCAUCAUUAUGCAACAAUUAUCCAAAUAUCUUUCCUUCAAAUCUUUACACAUGGGAAAAAUUCUUAUGGGCUUGUGAGUUAUGGUAUUCAAAUAGCAUGAAAGUGAUGUUUAAAGAUGGGAAUCUAAGAACAUGUUUGAUUCCCAUUGGAGGGUUUCUCAAUCAUUCGAUAACCCCACAUAUAAUGAACUAUGGAAAAGUGGACCCCACCUCAAACUCUUUAAAGUUUCCUCUUUCAAGACCAUGUAACAAUGGAGAACAAUGCUAUCUUAGUUAUGGGAACUUGUCUAGUUCUCAUUUAAUUACUUUUUAUGGUUUUUUACCAAAAGGAGACAUUGACAACCCCUAUGAUGUCAUUCCACUUGAUAUUGAUCUUGAUAACAUAGAAGAUGUGAAUCCGAUGUGUAAUUGGUCUACUCAUAUGGUGAGGGGGACAUGGCUUUCGAAGAAGAAUGGAAUCUUCAAUUAUGGGCUUCCAAUUCCGUUGUUGGAACAUCUUCGUGAAGCUCGUAUGUUGAUGUUGGAAUCAAAUAUCGAGGUACAAGAAAAGUUGGAAUUGGAAUUGGAAAUUCUUGAAGACCUUCAAUCUACAUUUGAUGCCAUGAUGGAAAACUUGGGUGAGACCGAACCAUUGAGAAGAGAAAAGUGUGAUUGGGAUGUGAAGCUUGCAUUGGAUUUCAAAGAAUUACAAAAACGGAUCAUUUCAUCGAUUGUAAGUUCAUGUUAUAAUGGUAAAAAGUUAGUAGAACAAGAGUUGCACAACUGCAAAUGUGUAUAACUUUUUAUCCAAAUUAGUUUCAUAAUCAUUUUUGGUUUUUAUUUUGUUUAGUUUUUAUUUUAUGUAUCAAUUAGUAACGUUCUUAGUAAACCGAGUUUCAAUUAUUUAAUGUUAGUUUUUAAUUUUGAAGUUUGUGUAUGAAUAAUAGUGUAACCAUUAUUUAGUGUUGAUUUCAAAGUGUGUACAUAUUUUUUCUGGUUAA